AGUGUUCAAGCUUCGCGCGCGGGUUGCGCUUCAGCCCCACGGCCGGAACCCACGCGCUUUCUGUGGCUUUUCCUUUCCGUCAUGUUCCCGGCCGUCUCCUCUCCGCGGACCCCGAUGUCUGGAACCCGGAGGGGCCCGCUGGGCGGAGUCGGGGCGGGCUCCACGCCGCGGGCGACAAGUAGGAAGGGUCUGGCCCUGGGGUCUGCAGUCAACUCCCCGGUUCUCUUCUCUCCGGUCGGUCGGCGUAGCUCGCUGAGCUCGCGAGGAACACCUACACGAAUGUUCCCACAUCAUUCCAUAACUGAAGCUAUGAACUAUGAUGUGAAAACGUUUGGAUCCUCUCUUCCCGUUAAAAUCAUGGAAGCCCUAACGUUGGCUGAAGAUGAUGAUCAGCUGACUGUUCACAUAGAUGAAGGUGGAUGGGCUUGUCUGAUCUGCAAAGACAAACUCAUUAUUUGGAAGAUUGCUCUGUCACCUAUUUCUAAGUUAUCUGUUUGCAAAGAACUUCAGCUGCCACCCAGUGGUUUCCAGUGGAGCGCGGACUUGGUGGCUCUCUCUUACUCUGCUGCCUCAGGUGAAGCACAUUCUACUCAGUCUGUUGCUGUAAUGGUUGCCACCAGAGAAGGAUCCAUUCGUUAUUGGCCAAGUCUUGCUGGUGAAGACACCUACACAGAGACUUCCGUAGAUUUGGGAAGUGAUAAGACCUACAAUUUCCUAACAGCAGUGCAGGGAGGAAGUUUUAUUUUGUCCUCAACGGGAAGCCAACUGAUUCGGCUGACGCCUGAAAACUUAGGAAAGAUUCAUCAGCGCAUCCUGCCUCAAGGGCAAGGCGUGCUUUCAGGGAUUGGUCGGAAGGUUUCUUCUCUUUUGGGAAUUCUGUCUCCUAGUAGUGAUCUCAUACUUUCAAGUGUCCUUUGGGAUAGAGAGACCUCAAGUUUUUAUAGCCUGACAAGUUCAAACAUCAGCAAGUGGGAAUUAGAUGAGUCUUCAGAAAAACAGAUAUGUAGUUGGGAUAUAAAUAGAGCCCUGAAGGAAAACAUCACUGAUGCUAUUUGGGGAUCUGAAAGUAACUAUGAAGCUAUUAAAGAAGGGGUCAACAUUCGGUAUUUGGAUUUGAAGCAAAACUGUGAUGGGCUCCUGGUUUUGGCAGCAGCAUGGCAUCCAGCAGAUAGUCCGUGUCUCACCUAUUACUCUCUGAUAACAGUAGAAGAUAAUGGCUGCCAAAUGUCAGAUGCAGUAACUGUAGAAGUCACUCAGUAUAAUCCACCUUUUCAGUCUGAAGAGUUGAUUAUGUGUCGGUUGAUGGUCCCAAACUUUUCAAAUCAGGCCGCCUAUCUGUACAAUGAAAGUGCCGUCUUCGUGUGCUCCACAGGGACCGGGAAGUUUUCUCCUCCUCAGGAGAAGCUUGUCUUUAAUACGCAAGGGGACAGUAUUUUAGGAGCUGGUUCCUGUGGUGGUAUUCCUGUCCUUUUCUCUCGGAACAGUGGAUUGGUGGCUAUUAGUUCAAGGGAAAAUGUGUCCAUAUUAGCAGAGGACCUUGAAGAUUCUUUAGCAUCUUCAAUUGCUGGACCAGGCAAUGAGAGUAUGGUUUUUGAGACCUUUACAAAGACUGAAACCAUAGCCCAGGAAGAUAAAACCAGAUUGCUAAAAGCUGCUUUUCUGCAAUACUGCAGAAAAGAUUUGGGUCAUGCUCAAAUGAUGGUUGAUGAACUGUUUUCCUCUCACUCGGAUUUGGAUUCCGAUUCUGAAUUAGACAGAGCUGUUGCCCAAAUCAGUGUGGACCUGGUGGAUGACUACCCAGCCUCUGAUCCACGAUGGGCAGAGUCUGUCCCUGAGGAAGCACCUGGGUUUAGCAACACAUCACUGAUUAUUCUUCACCAACUAGAAGACAAGAUGAAAGCCCAUUCUUUCCUCAUGGACUUUAUUCACCAAGUUGGCCUAUUUGGACGUCUACGCACUUUUCCAGUAAGAGGGAUGCCCAUGGCAACUCGACUGUUGCUCUGUGAGCAUGCAGAAAAGUUGUCAGCUGCUAUUGUUCUCAAGAACCACCAUUCACGGCUGUCUGACCUCGUGAACACAGCAAUAUUGAUUGCUUUAAACAAAAGGGACUGUGACAUCCCAUCCAGCCUAACCCCCGCAGACAUCUUUUUUAGAGAGGUAUCCCAGAUAGAUACUAUCUGUGAGUGUUUACUGGAAUAUGAGGAGCAAGUCUUAAAGGAUACAUCUAUGGAAUCAGUUGAAUGGGCUGAGGCAGUGAUCAAUGUGAACAACAUUCUCAAGGACAUGCUGCAAGCUGCUAGUCAUUAUCGACAAAAUAGAAACUCCUUGUAUAGAAGAGAAGACUCACGAGGGAAAGAACCUGAAUAUAUUCCAUGGACAGCAACAAGUGGUCCUGCUGGCGUCCGAACAGCAAUACUACGCCAGCAUGGGAUUAUCCUGAAAAUGGUUUAUCCUCAGGCAGACAGCAACCUUCGAAACAUUCUGACAGAGCAGCUGGUUGCACUGAUUGAUUGCUUCCUGGAUGGUUAUGCUUGUCAGCUUAAGUCUCUGGACAGAUCCAGCCAUCAAGAAAGAUUUAACAAUCUGGAAAUUGAAUAUGUACAGAAAAGAUCAGAUCUCUUAUCUCCACUUCUCACACUAGGCCAGUACUCAUGGGCUGCUUCGUUAGCAGAAAAAUACUGUGACUUUGAUAUCUUAGUUCAAAUGUGUGAGCAGACUAACAACCAGACCAGACUCCAGCACUACAUGACCCAGUUUGCUGACCAGAAUUUUUCAGACUUUCUCUUCCGUUGGUAUCUGGAGAAAGGAAAGAGAGGCAAAUUAUUAUCUCAGCCCAUUGCUCAACACGGACAGUUGGCGGAUUUUUUGCAAGCUCAUGAACAUCUCAGCUGGUUACAUGAAAUUAACAGCCAAGAAUUAGAAAAGGCUCAUGCAACACUUCUGGGUUUGGCAAAUAUGGAAACUCGUUACUUUGCAAAGAAAAAAACCCUUCUUGGCUUGAGUAAAUUGGCAGCAUUGGCUUCAGAUUUUUCAGAAGAUAUACUACAGGAAAAAAUUGAAGAAAUGGCUGAACAGGAGCGCUUUCUACUGCACCAGGAGACCCUGCCUGAACAGCUGCUAGCGGAGAAACAGCUAAGCCUCAGUGCAAUGCCAGUUCUGACUGCCCCGCAGCUCAUCAGUCUAUAUGUCUGUGAAGAAAACAAAAGAGCUAAUGAAUAUGAUUUCAAGAAGGCUUUGGACUUGCUGGAAUACAUUGAUGAGGAGGAAGAUAUAAAUAUAAAUGAUCUGAAACUGGAAAUCCUUUGCAAAGCUCUUCAGAGAGAUAACUGGUCCAGUUCAGAUGGUAAAGAUGAUCCAAUUGAAGUAUCUAAAGACAGCAUAUUUGUGAAAAUCUUACAGAAACUUUUAAAAGAUGGCAUCCAGCUCAGUGAAUACCUACCAGAGGCGAAGGACCUGCUGCAAGCAGAGCAGCUGGAAGGCUUCAGGUCCAGCCCUUACUUUGAGUUUGUUCUGAAAGCAAAUUAUGAAUAUUAUGUACAGGGACAAGUGUAACUUCUUCUAAAAAUGGUCAUUGUUGUUGAAAUGUAUAUUCUUAUAAAGAUGUCAGGCCUCACACAUCUAGCAGUUUGUACAGUUUUAUAAUGUGUUUUCAUGAGUUUUUUGUACUUUAUUUGGAAGCUACUACAAAAUAACUGUGUGACU